AUGUCAAACAACAACAACAACAACAACAACAAAGACAACAGAAAUGCCAUCAAUACAAUAGUAGAGGAAAAGGACAACAAAAAGAGGGUUGCAUCUGAUCAAUAUGUUGUUGAUGACGAUGAGGAUAUUGAUAUUGCAUCAAUGUUGGCCGGAAACAAGAGUCGAAAGAGAUAUCACAAUCCAACCAAUAAUGAUAACAACAAUCAAACUCCACUUACAACACCUUCCUCUUCUUCUUCUUAUUCUUCAAAAUCAACUAUAGCUAGAAGAGAUUGUCCCUACCUGGAUACUGUCAAUAGGGGAGUAUUAGACUUUGAUUUUGAUAAAGUCUGCUCAAUCUCUAUGGUGAAACACAAUGUAUAUGCCUGUUUGGUUUGUGGUAAAAACUUUCAAGGAAGAGGAGAAGGAUCACAUGCCCACUAUCAUUGUCUACAGAGUAAUCAUCAUGUCUUUGCUAAUCUUCACACUCAAAAGUUUUAUUGUCUUCCCGAAGACUAUGAAAUCAUUGAUCCAUCUCUUGAUGAUAUAAGAUAUUUAAUCAAUCCAACAUUUACAAAAGAACAAAUAUCAAAAAUGGACAGCAAUAUAAAACAGUCUAGAUCACUUGAUGGUGGACUAUACUACCCUGAUCCUCUUCAACAAAUUGAAAAUAGAAAUAAUCAAAAUAAUAAUCAAAAUAAUGUUCACAUCUCAUUUAGUAAAUCAUCAGCAUUGGUAUCAACAUUUUCUGAACUACUCAGAAGAAUGUGGAAUCCUCGUAACUUUAAAUCUCAAGUUAGUCCACACGAACUUAUUCAGGCUGUGAUUAAAGCAAGCAAAAAAAGAUUUAGUAUUGGUGUUGAAAGUGAUCCACUUGAUUUGCUUCAGUGGUUAUUAAAUUCUUUAAAUAAUGAUAUCAUUGAACAAAAAAACAUCACUGGUAACUCUUCAUCCUCCUCCUCCUCCUCCUCCUCCUCCUCCUCCUCUUCUUCUUCUUCUACAAUCAUAACCAAUACAUUUCAAGGAAUGGUAGAAGUUACAACCAAAAGUCUUCUUAAAGCACCAACACAACAAGAAGAACAAGACAAUAUAACCAACAACCAAGAGUUCAAAACCACCAAACAGAUAAUACCAUUCUUUACACUAGCCCUAGACCUUCCAUCUCGAUCUAUUUUCAAAGAAGAUCGUGACAAGAGUUUUAUUCCCCAAAUCCCACUCUAUGAAUUGCUAAACAAAUACGAUGGAUCAACAGAAAAGAUUUUCCCAAAUGGAGACAUUAAACGAUUUAGACUUUUAAAACUGCCUAGCUAUCUAGUCUUUUCCAUCAAACGAUUCUCACAAAACAACUUUUUUACUGAAAAAGAAUCAACCAUUGUUAACUUUCCUCUAAAGAAUUUGGAAAUGAAAGAUUUUAUAUCAAGAGACAACCAAAGUAUCAAUGAUGAUGUCGAAAAGUACAAAUACAAUUUGAUGGCAAUGAUCAAACAUGAAGGUGAUAUUAACCAAGUGCAAGAUUUGACAGUAAAAGAAACAAUGGCUCCCCUUAUUGCUGUAUCUGAAGCUUACAUCCUUGUCUAUGAACAACAACAACAAUAA